AUGGCUAGGAAUAUGCUGAUCAAAAUUUCGUUCUUGUUGAGUAUCGUCUUAUUAACUUUGAGCAAGAGCGAGCAAAUUUUAUGCUUUGAAAAUAAUACCUUAUUAGAGACCAUGGGUGGUGCUAUUUUAACCGUUUUUGUGGACGCCAAUUACGGACAAUACUGUAAUAUAUCGUCAUCCAAAGGUCUCCAGCAAGUUUCAACCGCACUACACGUGGUGCGAACUUUAAACAAAUAUGAUUAUAUACCGGCUGUGAAAUUGGGAGUAAGAAUAUUCGAUACGUGCCACGACAAGAUUAUAGUGUUCAAACAAAUAUUGAGAGUGAUACUCGAGCAAGAUUGCGCCCCAAACUACGAAAUGGGUAUAUUGGUGCCCUCCCAGUACAGUUCCAUGAUGAAUUUUUUUCGCGAUUACGACAAUCUGCCAAUCAUCACUUAUGAGGAACGAAAUUUCACGAUACCCACGAUCGACAUCUUGGCGCACUAUCUAAGCACCCGGUACGAGGUCAUCGAUCUGGUCCACGCCAACGUAAAUUCAGUCCUCGAGCGUUUCCUCGAAGUCACCAGAGGUUUUGGUGUGUGCGUGAAGCGACAUGACAAACGCGUCGACGAUGACAGGAACGAGAACGUUGCGGAAGCGAUGAUAGUCGCGAUCGGCGAGAGAGAUGACAUACAAGGAUGGCUGAGAGAGAACGAGGAUUCGAAGGAUACCAGAAGGAAAACGUGGCUCCUGCUAUCGCUCGAUAACUCAGAUAUUGAUGAUCUCAUUCCUCCCGGAUCGUACAUCAUCAAACAGAAAACAUCUGGUUUCGAUCUCGACGAAUUUUCAAGCACGAAUGAAUUCCUAGAGAAAACCGAAGACUUUGUGAACCACUCGCCGUAUCUUCUGGACAUCGGCAAGGCCAUUCUUGGGCUGGUGAAUGUUCUGUUUCAGGAAGUCCAGAAGAGAGGUUGCCCGACCGACGAUGACGAUGAUGAGAACCACGAAGAAAAUUGCAUUAUGACACAAUUUCGUCCGCACUCGCAACGAGAAAUACACGAUUCCGACGUCUACAAGGCUCUGCGCAUGCAACUGAGAUCGCAUUUGGUGAAAUACGUGGUCGCCAUGAAGAUGCAGCACGAGCUCAUCGACGUCGCUCUCUACGAGAUCCAAGUGUCCGAGAUGCGCGUAUUUCCGGCGAAAAUAACGUCCAGAAUGCCGGGGCUCUGUCUGGAGAAUCUCGUCGGGAAUUGCGAGAACUGUACGAAUUUCCAGAAACACUCCGACGAACAAAAAAUCAUUACGAAAGAUAUCAUCGGCAAAAACAUCCUGAAGAACAGCGUUUACAUUCCUAUUUUCCUGAUCGCCGUCGUGUGCGGCACGCUUGCGUGCUGCGUCAUCGUGAUCUUCGUCGUUCGUCGUUUCACGAUGGAAGAGACGUUCGAAAGCAAUCCGACCUUCACGAUUGUCCUCGUCCUGGCUAACAUGUUUACCCUGCUGACAGCGUUACCCUUCUGCAUGACAGACGAUUAUUUCGGUGCGGAGAAUCUGAACGCCCAAAAAAUUUUCCAUACCGCUCUCGCGUUCGGCUUCACCUUCUCGAUCAUGCUCUCACGAGCGAUCUUUCUGGCUUUGUCCAUCGGCGACGUUUUCGUCAUUCACAUCAACGGAUAUCUGCACAGCCUCAUGGCGUUCUUCAUGUCCGGCGUGCAAGUCGCCAUAUCUGUCACGUAUUUCAUUCUCAAUACAGAAAACUCAGCUGUGAUUACCAGAAGUCCCAUCUUUAUUGCGUUGCUGGGAUAUGAUAUAUUUCUAUUAAUCUCAUUAUUCAUCGCUUCCUGCUUCAUCACCAGAAUACAACGCAACUAUUGUGAAGGAAAAUGCUUCUUCGGAACGUCCAUCAGUUUGCUGAUAAUAUGGGCGGUAUGGCUAAUUUGUUUUAUGCUGAUGCAGUCAGAUAAUCGUGAUACAGUUGUCUCAUUUAGCAUAAUUGGCACGGCUUACUCUAUAAUCUUCGGUAUUUUAACACCAAAAAUUUAUUAUAUGAUCACACAUCCACCCAGAAGAAAAGAUCUCGGACAGAGAUUCAAUUCUGUCAAUCUACCGACCGAUAUGAUCGUCAGGCAGUCACGUUCCUCCUACGAAAACGUUCAUUCAGUUCGAGAAAACCAGAUUUUACAAAGAUCAUAUUCAGAUUAUUAUGACAAUCCAAAUCCGAACUUGAAACAUCUCGAUCAAUAUGAAAAUCCGUAUCACCGUGAAAUGUCUGGAUGUGGUAAUAGAUUUCAGGCGGAAAUGAAGGAGAUUGAUGCUGUUCAUAUCGUGCCGCAAAUAUGUGUCGAGUCUUUAAGAAAUCUCGAAGUAGCAUCGAAUGAUGUCAUUUACACGCAACCAAGGAUCUAUAGAUCGCAGAGAGUAGUUCUGGGAGAAGAAAACAAUGCAGAAGCCAUUUAUGAUAGAGAUAAUUCCUCACCUACUCUUAGAAUAUACAAUGAAAUUUAUCCCAUGAGAUAUGCCAGUCCAACAAAUAUGAUAAGGGAGCAAAGGAUCGAUGAAGAGAACGAGGACGAAGAAAACGAGGAGGAACAAAAGAUUGAAAGGGAGGACGAAGGUCUCAGCAGAGUUACCCGCCUUUGAGAUAAAUAUAAUUAAUUUAAUAUUCAUCUUUUAAUGUGCCUUGUUAUUUUGAAAAAUUUAUACAGAUUUAUAAAUUUUUCAUAAAAUAAACAAAUAAAUUUUCUAAAUAAUUGAUUGACUUAAAAAAUUCCGAAAAAUUAAAAUUGUGAUUAAACAAAGAAUAGGGAUGUGAGUUGUGUUAUUCAUUGAAAGUCUCUAAUAACUUCGAAUUUAGCUAAAUACUGAAUUCUAUAGUAAUUAUUGGCGAGUUCGCUGGCGAAUUCAACGACGGAAGUUCGUCGUUACAUUAAGCGAGGACAUGAGUGGAAAGCUGCCGUGUGCGGCGCAGAAUCAAUUUAGCAUGUACCUCAACGUUGAAAUUACAUUAUGGUCGAUCGUAAUUUCACGAGCAGGGCACAGGUGUGUGCUCCGCUGGAAUAUCGAUGACGAGAUAGCGAGAUAGCGGGCACAUAACAAAGGGACUCGCGAAAACGAAGUUUGCGUUCACCGCAGUGCGACGUAUGAGAGAACAAUUCGCCGUUUUAAUAAUUUAUUAUACGUCUUUUUUAAUUUUUUUGUUUUCUUAAUGGAGUCAAAUGUGAAAUAAUUAACAUUUUGUUUUAUAAUGAUAUCUGUAUUACAAUGAUAUAUUACGUCAAUGUCUCGAAAGUUUUAAUAAUGAAUUGGAUUGUGUUAUACAUAGGAUAUCAAUAUAACAGCAAAUAAAUCAGCAAUUAAAUAAUAAUAUUUAACUUGUGCUUAUAAAUUUACAUAAAUUUCUAUAGAAUUUUAUUUCAAUGGAAAUUUAAUAUGACUAAGAUGUAAAAAUAAUAUAUAAUAAAUAAUUUUAAUCUAGAGCAAUCGCGUAAAUUAAGCACCUACUAAAAAAGAAAAAAAAUAUGUGACCCUCUCUGAAAAUUCUAUCAAACGCGCGCAGCCUCUUUACCGAUCCCCUUGACGACGUUCUUUGACAGUUUACGACCACGUGCGCCAUGGUUUAUUUCCACAUCAUGAGAUCACCAUGAAAACCGCUAAAAUCAGACCAGCUGGCGACGGCCGAUAAGCCACCAUAAUGGAGAUAAAUCGAAAAGUGCAUCGGUUCGUGAAAGGAUGCGCCAUCCGGACCAAUCUUCGUGUUGCCCCCAUGAAAAAGCUUCUGCGCAAGGACGAGCUUCAAAAGCGGCUAUAAAAGCCCGCACGAGACUCGUCCGCUUUCCAGUCACGUUUAGCG